AAUCCCAAUUUUUUUGCGAUUGUUUUCCUUUUGCGAUUGGUAUCUCCAACGAUACAUCGCCGGUUUCCUUCCCUGGCGCCGAUGAUAUCCUCCCUUGCGUAGGUGUUCUCACGUUUUGGCGCCGGUCUACAUUCAUUGCAGUCGGCUCUUCUUCACUCUCGCUUGUCGGCAUAGUCAUAGGCUUGGAGUUCCAUGGCGGGCUCUUCUACUCGGAGGUCGAAGCGUCUGAGGAGGAACGCUUCUAAUGGUGUUGGAGGGGACACUGAUGAAGGUAUUCAAGCUAAUAUGCUGGAUAAUCCGCCCUCGGACAAUUUGGAAUCUCCCCCUGUUGUUUUGCCCACUACCGUCCAACCAGACCCGGUGCAAGAUGAUUCUGAUAGUGGGCUUGGUGGGGAGGAUGUGCAGUUGUUUCCUGAAUUGAAGAUUCGUGGCAGCCCAAAGCAUUUAGCAUGGCCAAUUAAGCGCUUUAAUGCUUGUCAAAAGAACGCCGUGCGUGCGCUUGGACUUGGAGAUAUGUUGGACUUUCAGGUUGAAGGUAUUCCAAAGUCUAUGUGUAGGUGGCUGAUUAGUAAUUUUGACCCAACUAACAUGUGUUUGAGCCUGGAGAACGGAUUGGUCCUCCCUGUUACAGAGGAGGAUGUUCAUUAUACAUUGGGUCUUCCGCAGGGUAGUGUUGUUAUUACAAAGAGAAAAAAGGAUGAUGUCAGUGAUACCUUAAAGGAAUGGAGGUCUAAGUUCAACAAAGAGAAACAUGAUAUCACACCGGCUAUGAUUGCAACUAAGGUCAGAUCUCUUUUGGAGGGGGAUGUCUGGUUUAAGCGCCAUUUUGCCGUUCUUGUUGUCAGUGUUUUGGGUGGGACGAUGACAAACGGAUAUGCAAACCAGUCGGUCUUUCAUCAUUUUGAGGAUGUUGAUGGUAUUAAAAAUUUGAACUGGUGUAAGUUCAUAUUGGAAAGUUUGGUUGAAAGACAUGCCCAGUGGGUCCAUAAUCCGGAUAAGCAGUUUUCUGGUCCUAUUGUCUUCUUGCUGGGUUGUGCAUUCCGACAGGGUCGUGCCUCGUCUUGUGCCAUCUUUACGUGGGUGGAGUUCUAGACAUCUUAAGGCUAGACAAUUAUCUGAGAUUCGGGCUGGAGGCUUUGGCCGAGGGGUUGUAGAAGGACAUAUUGUUGUUGCAACUGACA